AUGAACUGCUCCGACAAGAUUUUCAGCCACAAGCUGGACCAGCUGCCGGCAUGUCAAAACUUGGUGGUGCUGGAGAAGAAAAUGGAUCUGACCAUCAGAGUCAUUCAGAACCUCAGCGAGCCCGAGCUGGUCAGGAAUGCGUCCGGGCCCCUGGAGAUCCUGGCGAGCAUCCAGGAGGACCUGAGGAGCUGUAUCCAGCUGAAGGGCCUGGAUCACGAUGCUGCCGGGCCGCUGCCCAUCCUCGCCAAAUGGCUACGGAAAUCCCUUGCCAGAAAAAGUGAGGAGUCUGCCAGAUGCCUGGAGGGAGGUCUGAUCUUCAAUCUCUUCCAUCUACUGAAUGAAGAUCUGAAGAAUGUUGCCUACAAGUUCAACGAGUCCUGCCAUUGA